AAAAUAGCGGGGAUCGAGAAGAACAACCGGCUAUUCUGCCAGCACUUCUAUUUGCGUUUGGAGUUGCUCGGCGUAUGUUGCGCUCGUGAAUCGCGAUAAACGCGAGUCGCAUGGUUGCCUGAGUUUGCUGCGGUGAGCUCGACUAGUAGAUAAGUGUUUGGCAUUCGUUGGCUUUGGCUCGUUUUGAGAUGUCAGUGAUCAUCCCACAAUAAAGGUGAUCUGAUUUGCUGUAACUUCUUUCCUGUUCGCUGUAAUAUUGGCUAUCUAAAAACCAUGAGCAUUCCUGGAAAAAGGGUGGAAGAUUGUCACUAUGAAUUUGAGGACUCUACAAGAGGUCCACCCAAAAUUCUGGGAAAAUGGGAAGCUUUACGUCUCGCAGUUUAUGAUGGCUCAACCGGAAAAUUUUUGGGACGUACCCGAUCCAGUUGGGGUGUCGUUGGUCUAUUUUACUUGGUCUUCUUCAGUGUGCUAGCCGUAUUCUGCGCCAUUUGUUUCGAAGGCCUAAUGUUGACUAUAAAUUUGCAACGGCCAAAAUGGAUUCUGGAGGAGAGUAUCAUCGGUACAAGCCCCGGUCUUGGUUUCCGGCCUAUUUCGGAUAAUACAAAUGAAAAAUCUCUAAUUUGGUACAAUGCAACAAAUCAAACGGAAGUCGCAAUUUGGACGCAGAGAAUUGAUCAAUUUUUAAAUGUCUACCAAAAUACUUCGCUGUUCCCCGACCAAGGUCAACACCGGCAAGACUGUAGCGACACAGAAUUGCCAGAGCCAGGAAAAGUUUGCGCCUUUAACUUCACCGAUUGGGAUGUUUGUGCCCCAGGUGGAAGCUACGGAUACAAUGAUUCAACGCCAUGUUUCUUCAUCAAACUUAACAGGAUAUAUGGAUGGACACCAGAUUACUACACUAACGAUGAAACUUUACCUGAAGAUAUGCCUCGAAGUCUAAAAGACCAUAUAAAAUCCAUCAACGGUUCCUCGUUGAACAGCGUGUGGAUUACUUGCAGUGGUCAGAAUCCAGCUGACCGCGAAGUUAUCGGAGACAUCGAAUACUUUCCAAAGAAUGGGCGGCUUCCUGGCUAUUACUACCCGUACACAAAUAUACCGGGUUAUCUCAGUCCUUUGGUGGCCGUUCAUUUUCCCAAAGCUGCGAAAAACAUCAUAAUCAACGUCGAAUGUCGAGCAUGGGCGAAAAACAUUCGAUACAACGGCGUGAGUUUGACGCGAGAAGGAUCCGUGCACUUUGCAUUUAUGAUCGACUACUAGUGCUGGUGCUGAAAUUCUAUUAACGAGGCUGCAAGAUGUGGCAGAAAACUCUUUGAGUAACAUAUUGAGGAUUCAGUUUCAUAGUUUCGUACGGUGGAGGAAAUACGUUAUCGCAAAUGGUAUUUCAACUUGUACAUAUACUAUACGCCGAGGAAAAAUUUUUCUACGAGUAAUUUACCGAUUUAGUUUGCUGAAAGAAUCUGUCAGUGAAAUACACAAGGUAGACACUUUCUACCCAGACAACACGUAUACCACAUUAAAUAAAAUCCCAUAUGUUAAAAACUCGUUGUGGAUCGAUUUCAACGAUACAGUCCCUUUCCGUAGAAUAAUGGAGGAUAGCUAGCUCUAGCUAAUGAAGGCUUCUUGUAAGAGAAAUGAAAGUUGUUAUAGAAUAAUAACGAAUAGAAGAAAAUUACAUCAGAAGGCUUUUCGUAAAAUACCAAAAUUGUAAAUGUUGUGUACAUUCUGCGUGUUAGCAAUAAAUAAAGUACAUUUUACAAAUUUUAUAAACCAA